AUGCGUUUAGUGAUUUGUAAUUUCUUACUAGUCGCUCAGGUUCUAGCGGCACAGAAGAGUAGUAUUGGCAAGUUCUUUGGCGAAAGAUUAAAAUUCAAAAACUCAAAUUUAGGUCCGCCGAAACUUCGGGAUCAAUCAGAAGAAGAAGUCUGGUAUCAUUUAGAUGAUGAUGAUCUCAAAAAUAGAUUGACAUUGAAAUGCGAUGCAGAUGAGAAUACUGACAGAUACUCCUGGUUGAAAGACGGAGAGCCAUUCGAAAUUAAUUCAGAUGAUGUUGUGUGGCAAAAAGAAAGCCAAUCUGGGUCAAUUGUUUUUAUGAAACCCCACAUCAGCCAUCAAGGAUACUAUCAAUGCUUUGCAUCAAACAUUUUUGGAACUGCUCUCUCAAAUAAAAUGCAUUUGAGACUUGGAUCUCUGGAACAUUUUCCAAAACGGGAAAUUCAAAUUCUGAAAAUCAAAGAAGGCGAAUCAUUGACACUGAAUUGCACUCCACCCCGUGGGAUCCCGCCUCCCAAAAUUAUUUGGCUGUAUAGAUCUUUGGACGAUUCGUCAGUAAUUGAAACGAUUAGAAGCCGUCAUAUAACAGUUGAUAACAAUGGACGUCUUCAUUUCUCAUCCGUUGAGCUCUCUGAUGGAAAACCAACGUUGGUUUACGAGUGCGCAGCUACUUCUCCAAUAUUAAGAGGAGAAUAUAGAUCAGGAGAUAGAGUGCAAUUAGAUAUUGAACCCAGCCAAGAUAAAUCUUACCCGGUCAAAAAACUAUCAGUGAGUCCAAGUGAAGUAACAGUCCGAGCUGGAGGCCAACUGAAACUUCAAUGCGUUUUUGGAGGAAGACCUCUUCCUACAAUUUUCUGGUCGAAGGUCGAUGGAGAACUUCCGAAAUCACGAAUCAAAGAUUUAACAACUCAUGAAAGUGAUUUCGGUCGCUCUUUAAUUGUGGAAAAUGUGCAUCCAGAUGAUGCAGGCGUCUAUGAAUGUCGAGGAAGACAUUUGGUGCAUACAGUCAAUGUUCGAGUCAUGGCUGCUCCGUUUUGGGAAUUCGAGCCUCCACGGGAUAUUUCGCUACCGGAAGAAAGUACUGGAGAGCUUGAGUGUCUAGCUGGAGGACAACCAACACCGAUUAUCACAUGGAGUAUGAAUGGAAAGUUCCUUCAUGAACUUGCGGAAGAUUCAAGAAGAGUUCUUCUGGAUCAUGGAAGAAUUCUUAGAGUUCGAAGUUUGAAUCAUGAUUUGGACACUGGAGUGUAUCAAUGCAAUGCUAGUAAUCCUUUAGGAUAUGUUUUUGCAAAUGCUUUCGUUCAUGUCAGAGCACAUGCUCCAUUUUUCCGUAUGCCUGCUGCUCGCCACUGGAAAGUUGUCCUGCAUUCUACAGUAAUUCUCGAUUGCGACGUGGAUGCAGCUCCAGAGGCAAUCGUUCGAUGGGUAGACGCCGAUGAUAGACCACUUCAAGUAGUAGAAGGAAAAAAUAAGCUCUUCCCCAAUCACACAUUCAUGAUCUAUGAUGUAAAUAGUGCAGACGAGGGAUUGUAUUACUGUAAUGUGAGCAAUAAGUAUGGAAUCAAUCGAGCAACUAAUCGACUUCAAGUUUUCAGUGAGUGUUUUUUGAGAUUUUAUUUACCCGAUUAUUAUUUUUUAGAGCCCACAUACUUUGUUCGUAUUCCAACCCCAAAAAGAUUGAUUUUGGAAGCGGGAGAAACUGCAGAAGUAUUCUGUGAAGCUGUCGCAGAUCCACGACUUCCGAUUAAAUAUCAAUGGACCAUAAACGGAAAAGUUUUAACCGAAUCGAAAUAUUAUGAGAUUCUCCCGGAUCGACUAAGGUUCCGAUCAGUUCGAGGACGUCACUCAGGAAUCAUUGAUUGCGCUGCUAUCACUGAUGUUGAUGUGAAAUUGGCAUCGAUGCAGCUGAUUGUGAAGGAUGUUCCCGCCCAUCCAGUUGUUGAAGCUGCUCAUUGUUCUGAAAGGAAGGCAACAAUCAAAUGGGUUGCGGCAUCAGAUCAUGGAGAUUCGAUCAAAAAAUAUAUUGUUGAGAUGUUCACUGAUUUCAAGAAAAAUGAAUGGGAAGUGAUAAAUGAGGAAGUGAAUGUAAACAAGGAAAACUUUGAAGUGGACAUCACUCUGACUCCAUGGGUCAAUUACACAUUCCGGGUCGUUGCCGUGAAUUCUCACGGAAGAUCUGAUAUGAAAAUUGAUGGACAAUCAAAAGAAGAUUGGCUUACUUGUCAGACCCGUCCAUCGUUUCCAUACACAAAUCCAACAGGAGUCAAAGGAGAAGGAACAGAGCCUGAUAACCUUGUGAUCUCUUGGAAACCACUGGAUCGAUACUACUGGAAUGCACCGAAUAUGCAAUAUUUGGUCAGGUAUAAACUCGAUGAACCAAUUCAUGGAUGGACUGAGUUUCUUGUCGAAGACUCGUUGGCGAAUUUCACAAUAAUCAGAGAUCAACCAACAUUUCGAAAGUAUCUGAUUCAAGUGCAAUCUGUUAAUUCAGUUGGUCCAAGUAUAGUGGAGCCGGAGAUACAUCAUGGAUGGUCCGGAGAAGAUGUUCCCGAUGAGGCGCCUCGUGAUUUCCGAAUCGAUACCCAAAUCAAUUUUACUACAAUCAAUUUCACCUGGAAUCCAGUUCAUGAAAACAUUGUGAAUGGACAUUUUGUUGGUUAUGAAAUCGAAUAUUGGAAAACAGAAAACACAGUUAGAAAGUAUUCAAUCAAGAUUCCAGCUAACUCGACUUACAAAAUCAUAAACUCAUUCCACGCUGUCACUAACUACAGUGCACACAUUAGAACACGAAACAAGAGACUUCGAAGUGCCCCGAGUCUUCCUGUAUCAUUCGCAAUGCCAGAAGGACCCCCUGGAAAAGUUCACAAUCUUCGUGUUUAUUCCGUUGGAUCGACUGCAAUUCUUCUUCAAUGGGAUGCUCCUUUGCAACCAAACGGAAGAAUAAGAGGAUAUUUUAUCUCUUUCCAAAAUGAUAAAAAUGAAACCGAAGAAACGUACGUCAUUCAUCGACAAAAAUACUACCUACAUGAGAAAAGUGAACCUGAUACCGGAUAUAAAGUAACCGUUUGGGCAGAAACCAGAGCUGGAGAAGGGCCGACGACGUUGAGACCUGUGAGGACGUGGCCACCGAGAAUUCCGGAUGCUCCUACUUUCCGAGUCAAAAACAUCUCAUUAGACUCAUUUGUCGUCGAGUGGCUUCCCAAUAAUCACAGUGUUUGGAAGAUGCCCGGAGCCGCGUUCUUCGUCAAUUACACUGCUGAAAGUUCUAACACGUGGCACCAAUCGGAAAUCAUUUAUCUUCCGAACACAGAGAUCUUACUGAGAAAUUUAAAAGAAGAUCAAAAGUAUUUCAUCCAAGGAAUUGCUAAAGAUGGUCCAAGACAGUGUGAAUCUGUAUUCCUUCCAAUAAAAACAUUAAAUCGAGAUUAUGCAAAUCGAUUGAAAGAAGAUUCGUUGAGAAGUGCCGCUUGGUUUAUUGCAGUUUUGGGAGUUUUGGGAAUCGGUUUAUUCACGAUUUGCCUCACUUUUUGUUGUGGAAACAAGAACCGACAAGACAAAUUUGCAGUCAGGAGAAAGGAAAUCGAAAUCGGACAUCAGCAAGAUAACGAAGAAGAAAAGCAGUUUCUCGAGUAUCAAUAUGGGUUUAAAAAUUAA